UGGUGGUAGUGGUGGCGGUGGUGGUGGAGGCGGUGAAGGUGGUGGAGGCGAAGCAGGAUUCAGUAUAACCUCGUAGUCCCUCGCACCGUCAGUAUCCCUCCGAACCUCGUGGAGGAUAGUCGUGCGCCGCCUUACCGUGCCCCCUCGCCCUCUGUACCGCCUCCUCCUCCUUCCCUUGUGCCGGGCCCCAGACUGGAUAGCUCGACCCCUGCGUGCUGCGGCGGCCUGGGGAAAGUGUUAGCUGUCAGCAGGUCAACGGUGGUCGACAAUCGUUGGCGGCGUGUCGCCGUGCGUGAGAGCGACGAGACAUCCGUGUGUGUGUGUCAGCUGCCUGUGUGUGUGCAGGCGAGUGUGUUCCUGGCGUGUGUGCCUGGCUUGUGCCGCUACUGUGUGCAACCAGGCCCAGGCAGCCAGUGUGUGUUCCUGGCGUGUGUCGCUGCUGUGUGCGCCCCGCGUGUGUGUGCCUGGCGUGUGGCCGCCGUGCCGCGCCUGUGCUGUGGUCGUGGGCGCCUGGCCUUAGCCCUGGAAUGGGCGCCGCGGGCGUGGUGGAGGCGGCUUGCCGCUAGCAUGGCCCCGCCGCCCGCCGCCCCGCCCACCAUGACCCGCCCCGCCGCCCCGCCCCGAACCCUGGGGCCCGCGGCAGCUCGCCCCGCCCCGUGGGUCAUGCUGCCCCCUCCGCCCCCUUACACCCCCGCCCCGAUCCCGCAGUGACCCGCCGCGCCACGGCCCCGCAGCAGCAUGGGCGUGGGCAGCGGCUGGGCGGGCCUGCUGAUGCUCCUGCUGCUGCUGCUGCUGCUGCUGGCCGCCCGCGCCGCCCCCACCACCGCGUCCGCCCGCCGCCCGCGGCUGCAGAACCUGAGUCACGUGGCGCCGCCCCCCGCCCCCCCGGCACCGCCCCCCGGCUUUGCUCCUCGGACCCAGGAGCAGUACACGCUGGACCUGCUGUCCUCGCCCGCCUCUAGCGAGGCUGACGAGCACGAGGACGCCCGGCUUGCGGCGCGGCUCACUGUGGAGGCGCAGCUGCUGCCCUGGACGGUGGGCGUGGGAGCGGCGGGCGGCCUCGCCUGCCUGGAGGGGCCCCUGGCGGCACGCGCGGCGCGCCUCGCCCUGCAGCACCACCCGCCGCCCGCCGGCGUGGCCCUCAUCGUGCUGCCGCCGCCACCAGGUGACUAA